AUGUCGGUCUCCUCCCUAUUCGGCUCUCCACUGCUUCUCCUACCCAAAUCAUCCUCCCCUUCAACAUCCGCCUUCAAACCCUUCAAUGGCGGAGCAGCACGACUGACUCCGGCUCCCGGCGGCGGCGGCGGGUUGGUGAUUGAAUCCUCUUCGAGGCCGACGAAGAAAGCGACGGCUCAUCAUAUGAAGACGAGGCCGAGGAAGAGUCAGCCGUGGGAUAUCAGGCGAAAGCCCACCGUUUACGCGCCACUUCCGGAGCUUCCUCCCGACUGGACUCUGGUUUCCGCCGCGGAAUCCCCCGCCGAUGGCGGUGAUGCUGAUGGCGGUACUGCCGUUGAGGCUCCUUUGCUUUCUGCUGCUUAG